GAGUAAAAUAGUUAUUUCCAGCGAAUUCCCUUGGCGACACAACCGAAUUACAAAUAUUUUGAAGCUUCGAAUGUUUUGAUUCGUAAGUUUUCUAUUUCUUUCUCCUUCAAAACCUUGGAUUUGGCAAAAACAAGGAAAAAUUUGUUUUAGGAAAUCCGAAACAUUGUUAACGAACAACAUCUUUUAGAUUCGUACUGGGUUUUAUGUAUUUUUUUUAACGUUAGGUUUCUGUUUCUCUAUAUGUGAUUGCAUCAUGGUGCAUUUACUAUGUAGUGAAGUUGAUUAGUCUAUUAAUCUGCUUUAAUUACUAGUUUGUUUUAAUUAUGAAUAUGUGAUUAUUGAGCUAUUUUGGAAAAAGGACCGUGUACACUUGUUAGUUCGCAAUUUUAUAAUGUGAGGAAUAUGCUAGAAAUGCACGAUAAACAUGAUCUGCUACACUGAGUAGAAAAUUUGCAUAUUAUUGUAAUUUUUUUUAUUUUUUUUGGCUAGAUAAAGAUUUGAUUUUGUCGAUCUGCUUUUGGCAGAAAGCUAGCUAGAGGGUGUGAUGGGGUUGAGCAAAACUGAAGUGAACUUGAAGAGGUUACUUGUAACUGCACCACAACAGCAAAAUCAAGCAAAGCUUAUACAUUAUGUUGCCACUUUGCGUGAACUACUGGAGCAGUUGGCUGAAGAGAGGAAUCCAGAUGGAUUACCAAGAGUUUCAAAAGCCAAGGUGAACGAAUAUGCAGAGAACAUUGAAGCCGUUGCUGCCAAGUUAGCUGUGCCCAUGCCUGAUGUGCUUACACCCGAGGAACCUUUGGCUGAGACUUCCAGCUGUGGAACUCCUAAAGAAGCAGAAAGUGCGAAUUCUGCUUCUGAAGGAUUGAGAAGAAGAAUUGGGGUUCAUUCUAACAAUGAGGAGAGAUCUCGAGAUACCGUCGAUUCUGAUCAAUCAACUGCAGUCAAACUGGAUGAUGCUGCACGAACACAUAUUGAUAAGCACAGGAAACUUCAGGAGGACUUGACUGAUGAAAUGGUUGUUUUGGCGCGGCAGCUCAAAGAGAGUAGUCUCAUGAUGAAUCAAUCUAUCCAAAAUACAGAGAAAAUACUUGAUUCAACUGAGAAAGCAGUUGAACAUAGCCUGGCAAGUACAGGGCAUGCAACUUCCAGAGCCAUGGACGUGUAUUCGCGGAGUUUCAAGACUACAUGCUUCCAAUGGCUUUUGAUCUUUGUUAUGACUUUAGUCUUUGUCAUGGUUGUAUUACUUAUUCGAGUGACUUAGCAGUCGACGUCUCCUUUGUUAGUGGAGUGGAGAUAUGACUAAACUCUUGCCUUUUUGCUAUCUUUGUAUAGUAUCAGAAGAUACCUCAUCAGCCUUGAUCAAAAAAAAAAAAAAAAAAAAGUGUAGCAAAGUUAUUAGGGGGUUGGGUGGAGGGGACACAUGUUCAGAAGUUAAACAUUUCUUUCGAUGCUGAUGUGCAAAACACCUGCGUUACUAUACUUUUUUUAUUUUAUUUUUUUAAUUACCUUUAUAUAAGUUUAAUUCGAUAUGCUUUAUUUUGGAU